AGUAAACACUCAAACAACACAAGUUAAAAAGCCAGAGGAAAAAUGAAGUUCAAUAUUGUAUCACCAGUUGCACUGUCUUGUCUCUUUUUCUUGUUCCUAACAGGUACUUUAGCACAAAAUGCCGGUUCCAUUGUAACGCGGGAAUUGUUCGAACAAAUGCUGAGUUUUAGGAACAAUGACGCAUGUCCUGCCAAAGGAUUCUACACUUAUGAUGCAUUCAUAGCUGCAGCCAAUUCGUUUCCAGCUUUUGGUACUACUGGUGAUGAUACUGCCCGUAAGAAGGAAAUUGCUGCCUUUUUCGGUCAAACAUCUCAUGAAACUAAUGGUGGUAGUGCAGGAACAUUCACUGGAGGAUAUUGCUUUGUUAGGCAAAUAGAUCAGUCAGAUAGAUACUAUGGCAGAGGACCUAUCCAAUUGACACACCAAUCUAACUAUGAACGAGCUGGACAAGGUAUUGGUGUUGGACAAGACUUAGUGAACAACCCUGAUUUAGUUGCGACAGAUCCUAUAAUAUCAUUCAAAACAGCAAUAUGGUUCUGGAUGACAGCACAGGAUAAUAAACCAUCAUGCCACAACGUUAUCAUUGGACAAUGGACGCCAUCCCCUGCAGAUACGGCUGCUAAUAGAGUUCCAGGGUACGGUGUCAUUACCAACAUCAUUAACGGUGGACUUGAAUGUGGGAUGGGUCCGAAUACUGCAGUGGAAAGUCGAAUUGGAUUUUACAGGAGGUAUUGUGGUAUGCUGAAUGUUCCCACUGGUGAAAAUUUGGACUGUAACAAUCAAAAGAACUUCGCCCAGGGCUAAGCGUCUUUAUAUAUAUAGAGAACGCAAAUUAUGUUUAUGUAUUACGUUGUGAAGUCUAUAAGUUAUAUUUGGAUGUAAUCAAUAAGGGGAUUCUGUAUGCCCAUUUAGAAAAAUGGAAGUUGAUUUUCAGAAAUACUAAAGUUAUAUGAUUUUGAUCUUUUGUUAUAAA